UCCCUGCCCUCUCUCCCAGGUGCACCUCCAACCCCAAGAUAUGUCCUGCUCUGACAAGUGCCAGGCCUGGCAGCCCUGCUGCCCAACCCCGCUGGCCAAUAGCUGCAAUGAGCCCUGUGUCAGGCAGUGCCAGAACUCCGCUGUUGUCAUCCAGCCUUCCCCUGUGGUGGUGACACUGCCCGGGCCCAUCCUCAGCUCCUUCCCACAGAACACCAUUUUGGGCUCCUCCACCUCCGCUGCUGUUGGCAGCAUCCUCAGCUGUGAUUGGGUGCCCAUCACCUCUGGGUGCUGUGACCUCUCCUGCAUCACCAGCCGCUACUGUGGCAACAGAUGUCAGCCAUGCUAA